AUGUCCCAUGACACCAUAUCCAAGCGUGAGCUUCACAGUACGACGGACAUUGAACCUCUCAAACCCCAACCAGGCCCAGAAGGUGGGGCCCAAGCCUGGCUCACUCUUGCUGGUUCGUUCCUGGUCAACUACUCCACCUUCGGUCUUAUCAAUAGUUUCGGGUUCUUUCAAAACUACUAUCAGAACUAUGCCUUCCACAACGUACCGCCAUCCACCAUCGCAUUUAUUGGGACCCUUCAAAUCAUGCUCACGAACAUACUAGGCGCCAUAUCUGGAGCUCUAUGCGACUCUUACAACGUCAAAUAUCUCUACACUGCGUCAGGCCUUGGACUUGUAUCUUCAAUGAUAGUUCUCUCAUACAUCAACCACGGUCCUCUUUGGCAAGCCUUUCUUGUCCAGGGUUUAUUCAUGGGCCUCUCCAUCGCCUUUGGAGCACAGCCAGCGCUGGUGGCGGCUGGCCAGCACUUCAAACAGCGUCGUGCCUUUGCUAUGGCUAUAGUCAUAGGAGGCUGUGCACUGGGUGGUGUAUGCUUUCCUCUGAUGUUAUCGCAAUUAGUCCCAAAAGUUGGGUUCUCUUGGUCACUAAGGCUAGCCUCAUUCAAGGUGGCAAUGUGUUACUCCACUGCCAUAGCCAUCUCAACAAGCAAGCACGCGAGAAAACCGCUUCGCGGAAUUUUUCACUCGCUUGUUGAUUUCGGAGGGUUUCAAGAUAGACGGUAUUUGGUUCUCGCUAUAGGGGCCUGGUUCGCGAACGUGGGAAUCUGGAUACCCAACUACUACAUUGAGACAUAUUGUAUGAUUAUUGAUCCAACCGCACCAAUCAAGGGAUACUUGUUGCCCCUUAUUAACGGUACUAGCAUUUUGGGCAUGAUUCUUGGAGGUCUCAUGGGCGAUCAAAUCGGCCGCCUCAACGUUUUAUACCACAUGGCACUUAUCCUAGGUCUGCUUUGCACAAUGUGGGCUUUGUCAUCAACCGUCACCAUUCUCGUUGCUUUCGCGAUACUCUUCGGCUUCUUCUCCGGAGCAUAUGUAGCGCUUGUUCCCUCGGCGGUUGGCCAGAUAUCGCCCGAUGAGAAACUUGGGGGCCGAAUUGGGGCUUUUUAUAGUCUCGUUGCAUUCUCCAGUGUCGUUGGGACGCCCGUGGGAGGGUUGUUGAUCACGGAUCACACAAAAGGAGGCUACCAGGGGGUGAUACUCUAUGCUGGAGCAACUCUGAGUCUCGGCGGCGUCCUCAUGCUAGCAAGCAGGUUGUUGCAUGAUACUAGUCUUCGCGCCAGGUGGUGA